CUUGAACUGGCGGCCCUCCUGCCUCAGCCUCCCAGCGUGCUGGGAUGACAGGUGUGUGCCGCCACGCCCAGCCGUGACGUUGUCUGUCUGUGCCCUUCUGCUCUCCCCACUCAGGCGGGCCUGUCCGGCGGCGGAUGUGAGGGAUGUGAGUGGUGACAGGAAGCUGCCGCAGUGCCGGCUGCUGGAGCAGUGAGGGGAUGGGGUGGCCGUGGUGAGGACCUCACUCAGGCAGGGACAGCAGAGGACAUGGGCCCCGAGGCAGAGCUGCUGUGGCCAGGGGCGGCGCUGCUGCUGCUGCUGCUAGGGGCCAUGGCCAUGGCUGGGCUGUGUGUGCACUGCUCCCGUCCAGGGCCGAAGAGGACAGAGAAAAUCUACGAGCAGAGAAACCUGCAAGAGAGGCAGCAGAGCUUCUCGGUGGCUUCUCGGACCUAUUCCUCAGUCAGGCAGGCGUGGCCAGGACCCCUGACGGACACAGCCCCUGAUGCAGCCCCCACAGGGAAGGACAGGCUGCUGCAGUUCUCCGCCCCGCCACAGGACCCUGAGUCCGCCCGGUACCUGAACUUUAGCAGAGGGAGCAGAAGCGAGUCCCACGCCUACAUAGACCCCAUUGCCGUGGACUAUUACAACUGGGGGUGCUCCCGGAAGCCCCCUGAAGAUGAGGACGACACCAAUUCCUACGAGAACGUGCUGGUCUGCCAGCCCUGGAGCACGAGUGCAGAGUCAGGCAGAGAAGAGUCUGGAGACUAUCAGAACUCAGCAUCCAUCCAUCAAUGGCAGGAGUCCCCACAGGCCUGGGCACCUGUCCCCUCAGCGGCACAUCUGUCCCCGGCGGGGAGCCCAGAUGAGGACAGUGGGGAGCCGGACUAUGUGAACGGGGAUGUGGCCCGGGAAGCCUAGGGAGACGACUUGAGGAGGGACAAGUCUGGGGGAUCCUGCCAGGAGGCAACCGAACGCUGACCCCCAACCACCCUGCCGCUUCCGGGAACGGGCAGCGGCCGAGGCUUUCCUUGUGACAAACCCUCUCAUCUGCACUGAAGGAGCCAACGCCAGGCCUGAGGGAACCCAGCCUCCUGGAUGGGUCGCAGUCCGCCGCAGCCCCGCCUAGCAUGCUCCCCUCAGCCCUGCGUUUCUCCUGGAAGAGGCCCGACAACCAGGGACCACCUGGCUGGCCAUGGGGACAGCCGGGAGACACAUGGCGUUGCCACAGCUGCGCCCUUUGCCCCGACCUGGGCUUCCUUGGGGCAGCACAGGUGCCCGGUGUCACCUGGCCCUGCUGUGACAGGACGCCCAGGGUUCAGGGCAAGCUGCACCUUCAAACUAUCCUCUAAAAUGCUGUCCAACACCGCAUCCCUUGUCUGUUUCUGCUUUGGAUUCCAAACUGCUCACAUGUUGGGUUCAGGCAUCUUUUACAGGACUGUGCGCUCUGCAGUUAACUUACACACGGGCAGCCGUGUGCAGUGCACUGCUCGGGCCCGGCUCUCCCUGCCCACUGUGGGGACUCUCCGGGCUUUCUUCGGCUGAAGAAAUGAAGCCAUAGCCAUCGUGAAGUUCCUUCCAUGCAAAUGUCACUUGCCAGAGACAAAAGAGCACCUUGGCUUGGAGCCACGGUGCUCAGCCCUCGGAGGUCAGCAGUGCAAGAGAGGGAGAGAUGCCUCCUCCUGCCGAAACUCCUGAUAAACCAUGUCAGCCAAGGAGCAGGGACUGUCACAGCUGUGUCCCUGCUCAGAUGCGAGCCUCCUGCUUAACAAAGGACCCUGAGACAUAGAGAAGGCUGUGGGUGGCUUUUUUUUUCUUCCUAAUACUGGGGAUUGAACUCAGGGCCUUUGCACUAAGCUACAACC